AUGCAUGACGGAGGAAAGGGAAAUCCACCAGGGCCCUCGGAGCCGCCCUGUGACCUGUUAUGUGAUGGAGCCCAGGACCCCCCGAGGCCCCGAGUGGCACCCAGAGACCACAGCAGAACCAGGCCCUCACCCCGAGGCCAGUGCCCGUGCAGCCCGCGGCGGCGCGUGUCGGCGGGCCCUUCCCUCCGGGGGGCCUCGGGCGUCCACGAGCUCCGGCGCUGCGCGUGUGUGCAGCGCACGCUCCCAAGCCCGGAGUCCACCCCCGCGGCCCCUUUCUCGAGGCGCCCCCUGCCCCUGGAGCCGCAGGGCCGGGCACGCCUUCCUGCUGCCCGCCCGCCUCAUUCUGUCUCAGCAGCCCUGACCGUGGAGGCAGGCCUCAGGCGGGAAGAGACGCUGCAGGCGGUUUCCAGCGUCCCUCCAGGCGACCAGGGGCGCGUGAGGACCCUCCCGGGGGCCGGGCGGCCUUCAGAAGGCCUGCGGGCCCUGCUUUCCGCUCCUCCCUUCCUUCCUCGGAAGCGCCGCGGCCGGAUGCGCGGGCCGCCGCAGCGGCCCCGCGCCCUCUCACCGGGCUGCCGAGCGGCCUUUUCCUCUGGGUGCGGCUUCUGCUGCUCGGGGCGCGGGGGAGCGUCAGCGCCCCGGGUGCUUGGGAGCAGCCAGCAGCCGCCGGCAGGCCUGGGGGUGAGGAGGAGGCCUGAGGGGACGGCCGCUUCGCGCUCACUCGCGCACACCCUCUAA